AGCACCAUGGACACAUCUGUCCUAUUCUUCACCUUUCUAGCCCUCUUGCUGGCUGACUGCUCUGAGCUCCCAUUCCAGGAGAGGAUGCUUCUCAAAGCCUUGGGAUUAAAUGGACGGCCCAGACCGGUUGCUCCAGGUCCUGUGCCAAAAACCCUUUGGAAAAUGUUUGAAAAGGGCAUCAAUAUAGAUGAUCCAUGCAGAAUGGAGGGCUUUCAAGUACCUGGAAAUAUUGUCAGAUCCUACAAAGACCAAGGACCUUUGAUUUCCAGUGAGUUGCCACAUGGAUCUUUAUGCUUCUCAAAAUACCUCUUCUUUGACCUUUCUGUUGUGGAGAAAAAAGAGCAGGUGACCCUUGGCCAACUGGAGAUCAAGUUCAAGCACAAUACCUACCAAGGGCAGGUGUUCCAGCUUCGGCUGUACCGAACUCUGCAUAUGUCCUUAAGGGGAAUGCGAGACAACUCAAUGAACAGGAAACUUUUGUUUGCUCGGUCGUUCCGUCUCCUUCACAAGUCUCUGUAUUUCAACCUAACAAAAGUAGCACAGGAUUGGGCUAACCAAGGGAACAAUAUGGGACUGGUUCUGGAAAUAUUAGCAGAUGGUGGUACUACUGUGAGCAAUAAUUGGUCUUCAACUUGUCAGCAAAUAGAUUUUUUCAUCCACACCUCUUUCCUAACUGUUUCUCUUGACCCAACCAGCUGCAAGACUCCUCGCACCAAAAGAAGUACUGAGAUUUCACCACCAACACCAAGCAAUAUUUGCAAAAAGAGGAGACUCUACAUUGACUUUAAGGAUGUUGGAUGGCAAAACUGGGUUAUUGCACCCCGUGGCUACAUGGCCAACUACUGCCAUGGAGAGUGUCCUUACCCACUAACAGAGAUGCUCAAGGGCACCAACCAUGCUGUUUUACAGACACUGGUGCACUCCAUAGAGCCAGAAAACACACCGCUGCCAUGUUGUGCUCCCACCAAGCUAUCUCCUAUCUCUAUGCUAUACUAUGAUAACAAUGACAAUGUGGUGCUAAGACAUUAUGAGGACAUGGUAGUGGAUGAAUGUGGCUGCAAAUGAAAAAGGUCUUAAUCUUUGACAGCAAUUCUUCACACCUAAAUGCUGCUCUGCAAAACGUUUGGAUUUUGUGAGACGUGUUCUAAUAAAUAAUUAGGACUAGUUUAUUCCAUCCCUAGAUAUCAUAAUGAGCUGUGAGGAGUAGAAGAAGAAUACUUCAAUUGAAUGAACCAAAGAGUUGUGAUAAUGAUGCCCAAGUCAAAUUGACUCGAUUUACAAACACUUUGCUCCCAGCAUUAACACAUAAAGCUGACUAUUGGAGACGUCCAAGGCUCGCUUCCACUUUGGCACCAUGUUAGCAGAGAAGGUGACAAGGGGUGGCUGGAAUUCCAUCCUACAGAAAUGCUAUUCAAGUAGAAGGAUGCAUCUUGUGAGUUUUUCCACUGCUUAAAGCACAUCCCAGAAAGGCAACAUAGCUUUGAAGAUUACAAACAGAAACAGUGUGGAAGUUUUGUAUUUUUAUUGGACUGUUUUUGACAUAUGAUCACAAAGAGACAUUAUUACAUGUUAAUUGCCUAUCUACAUUUGCACUGAACAAAGAUUGUUUUUUUUUGUUUUUUUACCCUUCCCUCUCCCUUUUCUAGAUAGCACUAAAUAACGAGCUUUAAUGGGAACGUCCAAAGAUUUCGGAAUAAUAUGUUGACUCCUGCAUGUUCGUACAUUACAUGCUUUUACAGAAUGAACUGUACUUUUAGGAUUGUUUACUCCAUAAGAUGCCAAACUGUAUG